CUGUGACCGCUUGAGGGCGUCGUUGUUCCUUUCUUUGGACGUAUGUGAGCUCGUGCUGUCAGUUUGUUCAGACACAACCAAACAAACCAAAACAAAAUGAAAGCUGUCAUUCAGAGAGUCAACAAGGCCGUGGUGACAGUGGGAGAGGAGCAGGUCAGUUCUAUAGGACGGGGUCUGUGUGUGCUGUUGGGUUUAUCCACCGAAGACACUCAGAGAGACGCAGACUACAUAGUACGCAAGAUCCUUAACCUGCGGUUGUUUGAAGAUGAGAACGGUCGAGCCUGGAGCAAAAGUGUCAUGGACCGGGACUUUGAGGUGCUUUGUGUGAGCCAGUUCACUCUGCAGUGUAUACUGAAGGGCAACAAGCCAGACUUCCACUCAGCCAUGCCUGCAGAGCUGGCCCAGCCCUUUUACACCAGCAUCCUGGAGAACAUGAGAAGUAUCUACAAGCCAGAGCUCAUAAAAGAUGGGAAGUUUGGAGCCUACAUGCAGGUCCAGAUCCAAAAUGAUGGACCUGUUACCAUUGAACUGAGCUCACCUGCUGGUCCUUCUGAUGCCAGACAGCUGUCAAAGCAGGAGAAGCAGCAGCAAAGGAAAGAGAAGACGCGCUCGAAGGGGCCCUCAGAGUCAAGCAGGGAGAAAGGUGCCCGUUCCCGACAGGACACAAACGCCAGUAGUGGAGCAGAGGGUGACGUGUCUUCAGAGAGGGAGCCCUAGGUUAGCAGGCAGUGAAACCAAUUUAAUCAGGAAGACCUUCGUCCCCAGUGACUUACACCUGACUGUGGACUGUCCUUCCUCUUUGGAAAUCAGGAAGCAUCAAAAAAGCAAGCUGGCAAGGUGUAACAAAGUGGGAAAGAGGGACGAGAAGGUGAACAUUUGUUGCAUAGAGAGAGAACAAAGAAGAUAUGUGAUGGAAUGGAAAUCAGGAGCUAUAUGAUGCGUGGCUCUUUUUUAUCUCCUACUCCUAUUUCCACACUGUCUUUAGAUUCUUGCUCCUUUUCUCCGUCUGUCUCUGUCUUUCUUUCUCUCCAGACUCUUUCAAACUGUCUCACUCUCAGUCUGCUGUUCCUGCUUCAUCUCUGUUUAGGAAUAUGACACUUGGCUUCUAGUAUAUGAAGAGAUCUUUAGGACAGCGUUAACGUAACUGUCUUGUUGUUGGUUUUUAUAGGUAAUUAUGUUUUAUGUCUCACAGACACAGCACAAACCAAUGAUCUUAUGUUGUCAUUGUACAUUUUUACAAACCACAGAUAAUGAUGUGACUUGUUUACACGUCUUUGGUUGUAGAAUUGCUAGAAAUGAGGGUUAAUUUAAGGCACAGAAAGCCUAAAGACGUGGUUAGGACUAGUUUAAGUUAAUGGUUUUUUUUUUCUCCUAGAAAAUUGUAAAAACGACGUUUGGUCUCAAACUGUGGUCUGCUGCUAGGUGAACGUCUUGCUCUCAGUCUUGACAGUGAUACAUAUAUAUAUCUAUAUGUAUGUGUGUGAUAGGGGUGUCACAAUCUCCAUUGUAAAUCGAAUAUUGAUCGAAACGACGUCACCAUCUCGACCUUCAAAAGCACAGGUGGUAUCGAGGAUUUAACCAUACAAAAAAGAGCAUAGUAAAGUAUAGUCCAGACCAGAUACAAUUGAGAUUUGGCGUUAACAUAACUCCAAAAUUGAAGUAUAAAGGGAUGAACUGACUCUUUCUGUUAGUUAAACACUGCUAGACUCCUUCACUAUGUAAAUAUCACAUUAGACCAAUGUCGGUGCAACAGUGUCUCUAUUUUCCCAAAUAAUGAAUGUAAAGCAUCUAAUUCACUUCAUUGCUACUGAUGGUGAAGCUAUGAACAAUCUGAAGGGGUAUCAGUGUUUACACAUGAAAAGCCUCAGUGUCUGGGUUUUAGUUUGAUCAUCAGGUGAUUUACACACUGCAGGAUGAUCCUGAAGCAAUAUGAGCAGUGUGACCUGAUUUGUCUGAAGUUUGGUUAAAAUGAAGCAGUUCAUUUUAACCAAACUUCAGACAAAUCAGGUCACACAAGGUAAAACGGAAUGUUCUUGCAUGCCAGGAUUUAUUUAGUAUUUUUUUGGCACGUUAAUAAAAUAUUCUCGAACUGA